UUCAGAUGUUUUCCAUCGUCUUUGUUCGUGGCAUAUCGAGAAAAAUAUGCAGAGGCACCUGCAUUACAAGUCACUGGAUGAGUUCAGAUCGCUCCUGUACUAUGCCACCUCUCAAGCGAACUUUGAGCAGAGAUGGAAAGCUUUCUAUGAUAAGUGGAAGACGGAUAGAACUGAAGAGUGGCUUGACAGGAUGUACAGGAAGAGGAGACUGUGGGCAGCUUCAUAUCUUUCCGAUGGUUUUUUUCUUGGUAUGCGAAGUAACCAGAGGAGUGAAAGCCUCAACUCCUGCCUUCACCUUCACCUGGACUACGGUAUGACAAUUGUUGAUUUGGUGGUGCAUUAUGAGAACUGUAUAGUUCGCCUGCGUGAGAACGAGGCGUACGAUGACUGCGAGGCAUUCCAGAAGGAACCACCGUCUGUUACUGAAUAUAAAGUCCUUGAGGAGCAUGCCGCCAAAGUAUUCACACCUGCUAAUUUCUACAUCUUGCAAGAUGAUUUGCAUAAGAUGGGUCAGCUGGAGAUAUUUGAGACGCUCGUGGGAAUUGGGCGUGAGACAUUCAUUGUGACAUGGAAGGAUAACCACAAGUUUAGGUACAAUGUUGUUUAUGAACCAGGUAACUCAGAAGAAACUAUUACAUGCAGUUGUCUUAGGAUGGUUCGGAAAGGGCUGCCAUGCAAACACAUUCUGUUUGUUCUCCAUCAUCUGAAUUUAACUGAAAUACCAAAGUGUUGUGUCCUUCAUCGGUUGUCCAAACAUGCAAGAGAUGGGUUGCCUGUGCAGAGGAAGAGUGAUAUGUUUGGAUGGGGUUGGUCAGGGCCAUUGGAGAGAGAACGGUAUAGUGCAAUAUCCAUUAAAACCGCACAAGCUGCUCAUGUUGCAGCAAAUGAUCCCUUCUUGUUCGAUGAGUUGAUGAAGUGUCUAGACAACAUAAUAGCACAGAAAAAGAUUUCAGAGGAGGAACUUAUAGGAAGUAGAAGGUAUGCUAUGCUGAAGAAGGAGGCAAGUCAAGUGCAACAAGUUGAGCCUGGUAUUGGUGAUCCUCAGAAAGUUUCGACGAAGGGUGCACCUAAGAAGGGGCGGUCAAAGGGGGGCCCCGGCGUUACAAAGAAUGGUAGGCCAAAAGAUUUUACAGAGAAGAAAAGUGGUCCUUUGUGCAGUUUGUGUAGUCAAGCAGGUCAUAAUAAGGCUACAUGUCAUUUGAACGAGAAGAACUGGGCGUAGGUACAGAUGCAGGUUGGUUUGUACGAAGAAUAAAAGUGGUCGCACGAACCUUUGUCGUUUUUUAUUCGUACGUGUCUGCAAGAAAACUUGAUAAGUU